CUUCCUCCUCUUCCUCCUCCGGUCCGUUCAACCGCCGCCGGCCGCUCACCAUGAAGCCGCUCUUCGCCGCGUUGCUUGCCGGCCUCCUCUGCAUGCGGACAGCAAAGUCUUCGCUCAUAUGCAUGGCAUGCGACAAAGUGGACCAUAACAACAAGUGCAUCGACCUAAAGGUCUGUGAUGACACCGAUCGCUACUGCUAUACAAAAUAUUUUGGUAGAGGUUCUGGUGAAGACCACAAGGAACUGAUCAGCAAAGGAUGUUCUGCCGAUUGUCCUGAAGUAGGGUUUGAUAUCGGCGUGAUGGCUUUCUCAGUGAAAUGCUGUCAACAUUCCUUCUGCAACACAAGUGGUGCCGUUGGUGUGAAGAAGAGCUCCUUGCUGCUGUUGGUGGGCACCUUGGCCAGUGUCUUCUAUAUCAUUGGAGUCAAUCUGUGAUGAGAGACUACGUGAGCUCAUGGCAGCUCCACCCAGGGAGGACUCGAACCUAUCCUGGAAAAUUGUAGGUUAAAAAGAAUUUCCCUCUUGCUUCUUGGCUCUGCCUUCAAUUCUUUCAACUAAUAAUCCAAGCCUAGUCCUUGGUACACCUCGGUGGUGUCCGAUCUACAUGGACUGUUUCUUGGGUCAAGGGCCUGAUGAUUCUCCUUUCCUCCCCGAUCAUGAUUUUGCAGGUGUUUUGUAAUUUCUCUGCAAUUGCUCCUUGAGAACGCCAACCCACAUGAGUUGACCAAAGUUAUGGGCAGCGGAUAUCAAGAUGCACAAUUAUAGAGUUGAGAAAUAGCCUUGUGGUUGGUGAUUUAUCCCUCCUGGUGGGAGAGAACCUCAAGCCUUCCUUCUUGCUUGAAACAACCUUGCUUGCAAGGAAAUUCCCUUUGGGGAGAGUUGGGUUUGAUGAUUCCAGCUUGCUUACUUUAUACUUGGAGCUUGGUAAGAUCAACUGUUGUUAAGCUUGGCUGUUCCGAACACCAAAGGAGCAGUGGUGGUAUUUGACCGGUUCAGCCCGGUUCUGCCGAGCCGGUAGUGGCGAUGAGCAGCGGAGACCAAACCGGUUCUCUCAACUGUUCUGUUGUUGGGCCCGC